AUGGCCUCCCAUUCUAGACGACCGCCUAUUACCCUGAUGGAGGCCAAUCCAAACGAUCCCACGGAUCUCAUGGGUCCGUUAAACUCACCCAGCUCUGGACGAUGCGCUGACAUCCAGGCGGCCCUUGCUACAAAACGCGCUACAAACGCUCGUAAAAUUCGACACAAGGUUCCUCGAACUGGUGAUACAUUGGAGAGCCACAUUGGCCCAGGCAUCUACAGCUAUUGA